AUGCCUGCAAGAUGCACCGCUGGGAGGUGGCAGCAUCCAGGUCGCGAGAUGCAUCUGGAGAGCAUCUUGAUGCUCAGCAAGUCUAUUGGCAUAGGCAUGCUGGUGUUGUCCUCUGUCAUUGUUAGUCGUGUUCCCAAAUUGCUCGGGCACUUGGCGCGGCACGCCAAAGGUUCGUUGAAGAUGGGCGAUGAUUUCAUCGCUACGAGCAUCAAGUACUACAUACUGCAUGCGCCGAGCCUAUCAGGCAAAACAUCAGCAGUCCCUGCCGUCGCAGGGGAGCUUGGCCUGUUUCCUCUGCUGUGCUUCAAGAGCUUUCGGUGUUCGGGCACAUCACCUGACAAAGGUGCAGUUUCGAGCGAUGGGGCCGACCGCUUCGCCGUGAACCAAAAAGAGGUCCUGGAGCUGUGCAAGAGGCGAUUCUUCUAUAGACCGGGGUCUGACAUCUACGGUGGAGUUGCGGGCUUCUUUACGUACGGACCACCUGGGCGGGAGCUCCGGAAGUUCCCUCUUG